UUGAUUUAAAACUUUCAAAUAAUAAACUUGGGCUUAUAGUGUUUAUACUUAGUUGAUUGUCUGGUUAAGAUGUUUUAGGAUUACAAAUGUGUCUAUACUUUCAUCAAUAUUUAAUAAUAAUUUAGUAUUUACUUUGUUUUUGCUAAGUUAACUGAUAGAUUUAAUUUUCUUUAAUGUUUGCAUGUUAAAAUAAUGAUUUUGUAAAUUUUAUUUGAACUACUUUUUUUAUAAGAUUUAAAAUAAAAUGAGCAAAAGAAAAGCUCCAAGUGAUUCUACAAAUGCGAAUCACGAUUUUUGUGAAUUUUUAAUUGAAUUGGCUGAUUAUGAGAAAAAUGUUACACGCAAUAUAUAUAAGAGCAAUGCUUACCGAAAAGCAGCAAGUGCAUUAGCUAAGCACGGUAAACGUAUUAAGUCUGGUGAGGAAGCACAAAAGUUAGAUGGAAUUGGYGAUAAAAUAUCCAAGAAAAUUGAUGAGUUUUUAGAAACCGGAAAAUUAAAAAAACUGGAUAAUAUAAGAAAUGAUGAAGCUUCAGUUUCUAUAAAAGAUUUAACAAGAGUUAGUGGUAUUGGGCCAGCUAAAGCAAAAGAAUUAUAUGAUUUAGGUAUUACAAAUAUUGACAUUCUGUUAAAAAAUCAAGAUAAAUUAAAUCAUCAUCAGAUCAUAGGACUGAAAUAUUUAAAUGACUUUGAAGAAAAAAUACCAAGAAGUGAAGUUUCUGAAGUAGAACAAAUCAUCAAGAAAAYAUUACAUAAUUUGGAUCCUAAAUACAAAGUUACUAUUUGUGGCAGUUAUAGACGAGGUAAAGCGUUUAGUGGAGAUAUUGAUACUUUGAUAUCUCAUCCAUCRUUUAUGUCUCAGGAUCUUAAGAAAAAAAGUGAUAAAUUACGAGUGAUUGUGGAUGUUCUAAAAAAAAAUAACCUCAUCACUGAAACUAUAUCAGUGGGAGAAACAAAGUUUAUGGGAGUAUGCAAAGUGAAUUGUAUAGCAAGAAGAUUAGACAUUCGACUUAAUCCAUAUGAUCAAUUUUAUUGUGCUGUUCUUUAUUUCACUGGGAGUGAUUUAUUUAAUAAGAAAAUGAGGGAGCAUGCUUUAAACCGAGGUUUUACACUUAAUGAAUAUACUUUGCGGCCAAUGGGUUCUACAGGUAUACCAGGUGAACCUGUGGUGAUAAACAGUGAAGAAGAUAUUUUCGAUUAUAUAGAUUAUCCUUACAAAAAGCCAGAAGAACGCAAUAUAUAGUUUUAUAUACCUAAUAUAACGUAAACUAUUUAGUAAAAUUAUUAUUUUUUAGGUGUAUUCAGUAUAUUUGGUAUUAAAUUAUGAUAAUUAAGUUUGAAUUAUUMAUGUUAUUCAUAAUACAGAUAUGCGAGUAGUAAUAGUUAUAUAAGAGUU